AUGGAUUCCCUCGAUCGCAUUUUGGACGGAUUCACAGAUCCUUCGACGGGAUCGUUGCAUGGUGCAGUGUUCAUCGUGGUCGACAGAUCGGGGAAAACACUUUACAGCCGCACAUCUGGGAGAACAAAUGCCGAUGCACAUAAUGUAGAGCCCCUGAAAUUAGAUUCAUUGUACUGGAUCGCAUCGAUGACGAAGCUUGUAACUGCGGUAGCUGUGAUGCAACUCGUCGAACGUGGAGUCCUUUCAUUAGACGAUGAUGUUCGCGAAAGGGUCCCGCAGCUCAAGAAUAUACAGAUCCUACGAGACAUGAAGCCAAGUAGUUCUCAAGGGGUGAUGCAACCAGAGCUUCAACCAGUUCAAGGAAAGAUAACUCUCCGUGACCUGGUGUGUCACGCUUCUGGCUUCGUAUACGACAGUUCAUCGAGUCUGUUGAAAACGUGGUCCAAAUCUGAGGGCCGAAAGGCACACACUUUCUCCGGGAGUUUGACUCACUAUUCUUGUUACAAGGAUGGAUACACUCACCCACUUCUCUUCGAACCCGGAACAUCAUGGGGAUAUGGAGCCGGUUUGGACUGGGCCGGGCGCUUGAUUGAAACUGUCUGCAACUGUUCACUCGAAGAAUACAUGCAGUCAAACAUCUGGUCCAAGCUCGGAGCUACAUCGACAACCUUCCAUCCAGAGCUAUAUCCGGAGACUCUCCCCCAAAAGUUAGAGAUGGCGAACCGUGUGAGUAUUGGACAGGGAACAAAAUCUGUGAAACCCAGUCCAGUCAUUCUGGGCCAGCCACUGAAAGAUGAUCUGGGAGGAAUCGGACUUUGGAGCACACCGAAUGACUUUAUCAAACUCCUGACAGCUCUCCUGAGGGGUGGACAGCCGCUGUUGACAAAAGCAAGCGUUGAUAUACUAUGUCGACCACAGCUUAGCGAUGCCUCUCGGGCGGCAAUGCCCAAGCCGCUUGGAGGUCAGAUGCGACGGGUUCUUGGGAUCAAGUCAGUCGAUGACAUUGACCAGGCAGACCAUUGUUUGGCUGGAACGAUAACGUUGAAGGACAUUCCCGGUCGCCGACCAAGUGGGACAGUGAAUUGGAGUGGGCUGCCGAACCUACAUUGGUGGAUCGAUCAACAAACGGGGAUUACAGCUGCACUUUUCACUCAACUCAUGCCACCCGGUGACGCCGCUGUGACAGGUCUAUUGAUUGAGUUAGAAACGGUACUGUAUAAAGCUCUACGCAAAAGGGAAAACGCUGGUGUCAGUGGGAGAUUGUAG